CUGAAAAUACAGUCAGAACAGCUGUAAAUGUUUUAAACGACCUUUUAAACAUCGCUGGUUAAUUAUCUUUUAAUAACAAUUAGCGUUAAAGAAAGUGAGCUAUAAGCUACAGCUUAUGCUAAUACAUGAGAGGCACAGGCUGGGGCUAAUAGAGCUUAACUAUCAUAAGUUAUAGGCCUAUCAAUAUAUGUCUCAAAUAGAAAAAAAGAUAAUUGCAGUUAUGAACAAUCUGUCACUUGCAAACAAGGCCACCGAUGGCUCCCCCAGUGGACAAGUUUUAGUGUCACCAACUCCUCCCAGCUAUGAGGAAGCCACUGCAGGCACCAGUGCUCCUUGCUACAGUGAUGGUGACAUGCUGACAGAGUUCACCUGGGAUGAUCGCAACAUCAGGAGGGUCUUCAUCCGUAAGGUGUACGCCAUCUUGAUGAUCCAGCUUUUGGUCACUCUCGCUAUUGUGUCUCUUUUCACAUUCUGUGACCCUGUGAAGGACUACAUUCAAACCAACCCUGGGUGGUACUGGGCCUCUUACGCUGUGUUCUUUGUCACAUAUCUGACCCUGUCUUGCUGCUCUGCACCAAGGAGACAGUUUCCAUGGAAUCUGAUUCUGCUAGGUAUCUUUACCCUCUCGCUGUCCUACAUGACAGGGAUGUUGUCCAGCUUCUACAACACAAAGUCAGUGGUGAUGUGUCUGGGCAUCACAGCAGCAGUCUGUCUCCUAGUCACAAUCUUCAGCUUCCAAACUAAGUUUGAUGUGACAUCAUACCAAGGUGUGCUCUUUGUGUUCUGCAUGGUCAUGUUCAUCUCUGGACUGGUGUUGACGCUUGUCCUUCCCUUUCAAUAUGUACCCUGGUUGGAUGCCACCUAUGCUGCCUUGGGAGCCAUACUGUUUACCAUGUUUUUGGCAUUUGACACGCAGCUCCUCAUGGGAAACAAACGCUACGCCAUGAGUCCAGAGGAGUACGUCUUCGCCACUCUCAACCUCUACCUAGAUAUCAUCUAUAUCUUCUCCUUCUUCCUCCAAAUCUUUGGAACAAAACGAGAAUAAACUAUCGCUCCACCUUU